GCGCUUGCGCUCGCACCCGGGCUGCGGGCGGAGCCGGCGGCGGAGGCGGCGGCGGCGGCGGCGCUAAGGGGCUGGCGGAGCGUGGGCCCGGCGGAGCGGCCUGGCAGGGAGAGGCUUGGUUUUGAAAACCAGAGGAUUGGACACCCUGGGGAAGUAAUGUCCCAUUUCCAUAAAGCAGAGAUGUCAGCUUAUUUAUAGGAAUCACGCAAAGCCAGAGUCAUGGUGGAUGUAGGCAAGUGGCCAAUCUUCACUCUGCUCUCAGCCCAGGAAACGGCAUCGAUCAGGAAAGCAUGUGUCUUUGGUGCCUCUGCCAAUGAGGCCAUCUAUGUCACUGAUAAUGAUGAGGUCUUCGUGUUUGGACUGAACUAUAGUAACUGUCUAGGAACUGGAGAUAACCAGAGCACUCUGGUGCCCAAGAAACUAGAAGCCUUGUGUGGAAAAAAGAUCAAAAGUCUUAGUUAUGGGAGUGGCCCCCAUGUCCUCCUCAGCACUGAAGAUGGAGUUGUCUACGCCUGGGGCCAUAAUGGAUACAGCCAGCUGGGGAAUGGGACCACCAAUCAAGGAAUUGCUCCUGUCCAAGUCAGUACGAAUCUCUUGAUCAAGCAGGUGGUUGAGGUAGCCUGUGGUUCACAUCAUUCAAUGGCUUUAGCAGCUGACGGAGAGUUAUUUGCGUGGGGCUUUAACAACUGUGGUCAGGUGGGGUCAGGAUCUACAGCGAAUCAGCCAACUCCUCGGAAAGUCACGAACUGUUUACACACGAAGAGAGUGGUCAGCAUUGCCUGUGGUCAGACCUCCUCCAUGGCUGUUCUGGACAGUGGUGAGGUGUAUGGCUGGGGCUAUAAUGGCAAUGGACAGCUGGGCUUGGGAAACAAUGGCAACCAGUUGACCCCCGUGAGAGUGGCAGCUCUGCACGGCGUGUGUGUGAACCAGAUCGUCUGCGGCUAUGCACAUACUCUAGCACUAACAGAUGAGGGCUUGCUCUAUGCCUGGGGAGCUAACACAUAUGGGCAGCUGGGAACUGGCAGUAAAAAUAACCUGCUAAGCCCAGCACACAUCAUGGUGGAAAAAGAAAGGGUUGUAGAAAUCGCAGCCUGUCACUCCAGCCACACGUCUGCCGCCAAGACUCAGGGUGGUCACGUGUACAUGUGGGGCCAGUGCCGCGGCCAGUCAGUGGUCCUUCCCCACCUCACCCACUUCUCCUGCACCGAUGACGUGUUUGCCUGCUUUGCCACACCUGCCGUCUGCUGGCGCCUCCUGUCUGUGGAGCAUGAAGACUUUUUAACAGUUGCAGACUCACUCAAGAAAGAAUUUGACAGUCCAGAAACUGCUGAUCUGAAGUUUCGAAUUGAUGGGAAAUACAUUCAUGUCCAUAAAGCUGUUUUGAAAAUCAGGUGUGAGCAUUUCCGAUCCAUGUUCCAGUCCUAUUGGAAUGAGGACAUGAAGGAGGUGAUAGAGAUAGACCAGUUUUCUUACCCUGUGUACCGUGCCUUUCUCCAGUACCUCUACACAGACACAGUGGAUCUGCCACCCGAGGAUGCCAUAGGUCUUUUGGACUUGGCUACAUCGUACUGUGAAAACAGACUCAAGAGGCUUUGUCAGCACAUCAUCAAGCGGGGGAUUACUGUGGAGAACGCUUUUUCAUUAUUCUCUGCUGCAGUCAGAUAUGAUGCAGAGGUACCAAAAGUCCAGAAGACUAAAGAUCAGAGCACAACACCAGCAUGAAGAGAUGGGUCGACAUUUUUAUAAAUACUUGGAGGCGCCAUGUUUGUUCAGCCGUCACUGAAAACAAACCUCUGUGGCUGCGGGGCUCUUCUCUCAUACGUCUUUUGAAUCUGCCCAAUUUCUUUGGUGGCUAGAAGAGAAAACCAGAUUAUGUUAACUUUCCAUAUUGGCCUUGAAUGCCACAUAAAA